CUGGCGGGAAAGUUCUUGUGCAUGUCAGUAAAAGAGCAUGAACAACUGCGGAUGGAACAUUUACAGUCUAAAAAAUGUUUUAAAGAAUGUAUACACAGCAUAAACUGAUUUGUGAAUCCUGGUCGAAAUCAGUUUUUUAAAAAAUGGUUCAAAUAGUCAUAUCAAGUAAUGCUGGUGAUGGUCCAGCUGAAUGGCUGCUGGUGGAGCUGCAGGGAGAAAUGAUGUCAAGACAGAACACAGGAUUAGCUGGACAUCUGAUGGGCGACCUUCAUUACACAAAAGAGGGUGUUCCAGUCCUUAUAGUUGGACAUCACAUUCUGUAUGGCAAACAGGUCAAACUGGAGAAGCCCUUUGCUGUUCUGAUGAAGCACUCUGGACUUUCUAAGGAUGCAGAGGAAACUAUGGAAACCAACCAAGAGAAAGCAACUUCUUACACUGUCACUGCCCUCAUCAAAAAGAAACUCAUCUUUAAAAACCGACCCAAACCUAUAAUCACUAAUGUGCCGAAGAAAGUGUAGCCAAUUUCAAAACAUCACACUGACUGAUUGGCACAGAACUCUAGAACUGCUUCACAGAUAUUCAGAAGUCAUACUGCAGGAUUCAAGUAAUCUCUUAACUGUUUGUAAUCACAAACAAUGAAAAGUUGUCUUUUUGAGUAUUGAUUUAUACUAUCUGAUCACUGAUUAAAUCGCAGUAUAAAUCAGAGAAUUAGGUUUAAAUAGUAUACUUGUCAUAUGUGAAUUAACAGUCAAACAGUGGAUGAAUAUAAGUUGAUUUAUUGUUGUCAGACGAUGUUCUUAUGGUUGUUUAUUGAAGAAUAAUUAAAUGUAUUUGCCACUAAAGAAAUGUUACCUGCCAGUUGAAUUAAAAAAGAAACAAGA